AUGGACGCGCUGGAGUCGUUGUUGGACGAGGUGGCCCUGGAGGGGCUUGAUGGCCUGUGCCUUCCCGCGCUUUGGAGCCGUCUGGAGACGCGAGUGCCGCCCUUCCCACUUCCUUUGGAGCCCUACACGCAGGAGUUUCUGUGGCGGGCCCUUGCCACGAACCCGGGCAUCAGCUUCUACGAGGAGCCUCGGGAACGACCAGACCUCCAGCUCCAAGACCGGUAUGAAGAAAUUGAUUUGGAAACAGGCAUCGUGGAGUCCAGGAGGGACCCGGUCCCUCUGGAGGAUGUCUACCCCAUUCACAUGAUCUUGGAAAAUAAAGAUGGCAUCCAGGGCUCAUGCCGGUACUUCAAGGAGAGGAAGAACAUUACCAACGACAUCAGAACCAAGAUGUUACAGCCCCGCUGCACGAUGGUGGAAGCCUUUGGCAGGUGGGGGAAGAAACUGAUCAUUGUUGCCUCCCAGGACAUGCGGUACCGGGCCUUGAUCGGCUUUGAGGGCGACCCCGACUUGAAGCUCCCGGACUUCUCCUACUGCAUCUUGGAGCGGUUAGGCCGGUCCCGGUGGCAGGGGGAGCUCCAGCGAGACCUCCACAGCACUGCUUUCAAGGUUGAUGCUGGGAAGCUUCACUAUCACAGGAAAAUUUUAAACAAAAACGGGCUGAUUACAAUGCAGUCCCAUGUGAUCCGAUUGCCCACCGGGGCCCAGCAGCACUCAAUCCUCCUCCUCCUGAACCGGUUUCACAUGGACAGGAGGAGCAAAUACGACAUCCUCAUGGAGAAGCUUUCAACUCUGCUGAGCGCACGGAAUAACCGGACUGAGACCCUGGGAAAGCUGAGGGAGGAACUGGGACUGUGCGAGAGGACGUUCAAGCGCCUGUACCAGUACAUGCUGAACGCGGGGCUGGCCAAGGUGGUGCCUCUUCCCUUAAAAGAGAUCCACCCUGAACGUGGACCUUGCAAGACCAAGAAAGGGACCGACAUCAUGGUGCGCUGCCUCCGACUGCUGAAGGAGUUCAAGCGGAAGGUGGACGACGACGACGACGACGAGGACGUCAUCUCCAAGGGCGUGCCCCCGGUGGACAUCGUGUUUGAGCGAGACAUGCUCACGCAGACCUACGAGCUCAUCGAGCGCCGAGGCACGAAAGGCAUUUCCCAGGCUGAAAUCCGAGUGGCUAUGAAUGUGGGAAAGCUGGAAGCCAGAAUGCUGUGCCGUCUCCUUCAGCGAUUCAAAGUUGUCAAGGGCUUCAUGGAGGAUGAAGGGCGGCAGCGGACCACCAAGUACAUCUCCUGCGUGUUUGCGGAGGAGAGUGACCUGAGCCGGCAGUACGAGAGGGAGAAGGCGCGCAAUGAGCUGCUGACCACCGUGAGCCUGGCCUCGGUGCAGGAGGAGUCCCUGCUGCCUGAGGGGGAGGACGCUUUCCUCUCCGAGUUGGACAGUGAUGAGGAGGGCGGCGGCGGCGGCAGAAAGAGAAAAGGCAGGAGAACUCCACGGGACUCGAGGUCCUUCUCGAACGGCGGUCUCAGGACCCAGCCUCACCACUCCACCCCGAACAAGGGGGGCUGGAAGGUCAUCAACCUCCACCCGUUGAAGAAGCAGCCGUCCUUCUCCCCGGGAGCCGCCGAAGAGCGAGCUUCUCGGGGCGCCUUUGGUGGGGACAACCUGGACACCAGCGGCUCCUCAGAGCUCGGCAUGUCCUUGGGCCCCCACUGCGUGGACAGUCACAGUGGCGACAUUGCCGUGAUUGAAGAGGUCAGGCUUGAAAACUCCAAGGAGAGCGGCGGUUCCCAGAAGACAGGGAAGCAUGGCCCAGGCCAAGACAAGCCCCACGAGACAUACCGACUGCUGAAGCGCAGGAAUCUGAUCAUAGAGGCCGUCACCAACCUCCGCUUAAUUGAGAGCUUAUUCACAAUUCAAAAGAUGAUCAUGGAUCAAGAGAAGCAAGAAGGCGUGUCCACCAAGUGCUGUAAGAAAUCCAUCAUCCGCCUGGUGCAGAACCUGUCCGAGGAAGGUCUGCUGAGGUUGUACCGGACGACGGUCAUUCAGGACGGCAUCAAGAAGAAGGUCGACCUGGUGGUGCACCCGUCCAUGGACCAGAAUGACCCUCUCGUGAGAAGUGCCAUCGAGCAGGUUCGCUUCCGGAUGUCCAAUUCAAGCACAGCCAACAGGAUGAAAGCGCCCCAGCCUCCAGUGCCUCAAGAGGAAGCCGAAGAGGAAAGUCAAGGAGAAGAGGGCCCGAGUGGAUCAGGAGACGCUCAGCCAAGUGCCUCCUCAAAACCAGAAGGUGGACGGGUGAAAAAGACCCAUGAGAAAAUGGGCGUAACCCAGCUGAAAAACUACCACCCUGUCGUAGUUCCUGGACUGGGGCGCUCUCUAGGGUUUCUGCCCAAAAUGCCUCGCCUGCGGGUGAUCCACAUGUUUCUGUGGUACCUGAUCUACGGGCACCCUACCACGGUGGAGGAGCUGAGCUUCUCGGAAAGGAAGGCAGGAGUCCCGUCCUCCUCUAGGAGCGACCUGGAGGCCUCCUCUGAUGCCGCACCCAAGGACACCUGGGAGGGCGAAGUGGAACUCGCCACGGAGACCGUGUUCGUGGACGAAGCCUCGUGGAAGCGCUACGUCCCCCCCAUCCCGGUCCACAAGGACUUCGGCUUCGGCUGGGCCCUGGUCAGCGACCUGCUUCUGUGCCUGCCCCUGUCCAUCUUCACCCAGGUCGUGCAAGUCAGCUACAAGGUGGACCACCUCGAGGAGUUUCUGAAUGACCCCCUGAAGAAGCACACGCUGAUCCGCUUUCUCCCCAGGUCCAUCCGGCAGCAGCUUCUGUACAAGAGACGUUUCAUUUUCUCGGUGGUGGAGAACCUUCAGAGGCUCUGCUUCAUGGGGCUGCUCCAGUUUGGCCCCACAGAGAAGUUCCAGGAUAAAGAUCAGGUCUUCGUCUACUUGAAGAAGAACGUGGGCAUCGUGGACACCACCACCUGUGACCCCCAUUACAAUGUGGCCCGCAGCAGCCGGCCCUUCGAGAGGCGUUCAUACGUCCUGAACUCAAUGCAGGACGUGGAGAACUACUGGUUCGAUCUGCAGUGCGUCUGCCUCAACACCCCACUAGGCGUAGUGCGCUGCCCGCGCGCCCGGAAGAGCAGCGGCCCCGACCAGGGCAGCGAUGAGGAGGGCAGAAUGCAGAAGGAGCAGGAGAACGCCAUGGACAAGUACACGCUGGAGCGCAAGUGUGCCAUGAUGGAGUACACCAUGGGCAGCCGCGAGGUCGUGGAUGAAGGCAUCAUCCCCGGAGACGGCCUGGGAGCUGCAGGGCUCGACUCCAGCUUCUACGCACACCUGAAGCGCAAUUGGAUCUGGACCAGCUACAUCAUGGACAAGGCCAAAAAGGAGACCACCACGUCGGAGAACGGGCUCACGAUGAGGCUGCAGACGUUUCUAUCCAAGCGCCCGAUGCCUCUUGGGGCCGGAGGUACGUGGGCCGGGAGCUCAGCAGAGACGGACACGGGGCCGGCUUGGGCCAGUGGGACCCCUGCACCGCGCCGUGUUCCAGCCUUUGCGGGGGCUUUCUGCAAUGCCGGGCUCCUUUGCUUGUUUCCAGGCAAUGGCAGGCUGACGGUCUGGGGAGAUGCUCGAGCCGGAUCGGGGCUGUGUGCCGACAGAGACGAGCACGUCGAGGUGGAGCGAGAGCCCACGCUGGAGCGGAACCAGAAAGUGAAGGGUGGGAAAAGCCAGAAGCGCAAACGGCUGAAGAAGGACCCAGGGAAGAAGAUCAAGAGGAAGAAGAAAGAAGAGCUCCCAGAAGACAAGAACAAAAGGCGUUACCAUGACGAGGCAGACCAGAGUGCCCUGCAGAGGAUGACGCGGCUGCGGGUCACCUGGUCGCUGCAGGAGGAUGGGCUGCUCAUGCUCUGCCGGAUCGCCAGCAACGUCCUCAACACCAAGGUGAAGGGCCCAUUCGUCCCCUGGCAGGUCGUGCGGGACAUCCUGCACUCGACCUUGGAAGAGUCUCUGGAUAAAACCUCCCUGUCGGUCGGACGAAGAGCUCGCUACAUAAUCAAAAACCCACAAGCCUAUCUGAACUACAAGGUCUGCCUUGCCGAGGUGUACCAGGAUAAGGCGCUUGUCGGGGAGUUCCUGAGUCGGAAAGGUGACUACGGAAACCCAAAGGUUUGUGCCAGCGAGUUUAAAGAAUUUGUGGCAAAGCUUAGAGAGAAGUUCAGUUCAGCCCUAAAGAAUCCAAACCUUGAAAUCCCAGACACGCUCGAGGAGCUGUUUGCCAGAUACCGAGUUUUGGUGAUUGGAGACAAAAAAGAUCAAGUCAUGAAAGAGGAUGAACUUAAGAGCGUGGAUGACAUCCACUUCCUGGUGCUCCAGAACCUGAUCCAGAGCACGCUGGCCCUCUCGGACAGACAGAUGGAGAUCUGCCAGUCGUUCCAGACCUUCCGCCUGUACCGAGACUACAAGGAACAGGUCCUGGUGAAGGCCUUCGUGGACUACCAGCGGAGGAGCCUAGUCAACCGGCGCCGGGUCAACCACACGCUGGGCCCCAAGAAAAACCGCGCUCUGCCCUUCGCGCCCAUGUCCUACCAGUUGUCCCAGGCCUACCACAGGAUUUUCACGUGGCGGUUUCCGAGCACCGUCUGCACAGAAUCGUUCCGGUUCUUCAGCAGACUCCUGGCUGCGGGCAAGCGGGACCAGGAUGAUCACUUUUCCUUCAAAGACCAAAACUGUGGCGAGCCCGCGAGCGACCUGGUGGCGUUCUCUUUGGACGGCCCUGGAGGAAACUGCGUGACCGCCCUGAUCCUUUUCUCCCUGGGCCUUGUUUCUGUGGACGUCAGGAUCCCAGAACAGAUCGUCGUGGUUGACAGCUCCAUGGUGGAGAACGAGGUCAUUAAGAGUCUAGGCAAGGACAGCACCUUGGAAGAGGACGAGGACGAAGAGGAAGACCUGGACGAAGGCUCGGGGGCCAAGCGCCGGAACAUCGAGGUGAAAGCCCACCAGGCCUCCCACACCAACUACCUGCUGAUGAAGGGCUACUGCGUCCCCGGCAUCGUCAGCAACCGCAACCUCAACCCCAACGACAACGUCGUGGUGAACUCCUGCCUGGUCAAGUUCCGCCUGCGCUGCACCCCCAAGCCCACCAGGCUCGCGCUCACAGACCCUUCUCUGGAGGAGCUGACGGUAGGGCCCUCCUGCCUCCCUGACACCUUCACGAGGCUGAUAAACAGCCCAGAGGACACCUGCAGCUUAGAGGAGUUCGUCCACCAGGUGGCGCUGUCUGGGUACCAGCCCGGAGAUGUGUUCGCCGCCCUGGAGAUCCAGGAGGCCAUUGCAGCAGCUGGUUGCUUUGGGGUGGACCGGCUGGAGCUGAGCAAACAGUUCUUCGCCUUGGCCAGGACAGACAGUGAGCGCACCAGGACCUUCACAGACUACGUCCAGGACCUCUUAGAGCACCAGCAGGUGCUGGAAGUCGGCGGGAACACCGCUCGCCUUGUGACCAUGGCCAAUGCACAGCCCUGGCUCCUGCACUCGGUGCGGCUGAAAGACAAAGAGGGGGGUGCUGACCUUCAAAGAGACGACCACCGGGCCAGACCGCCCGAGGGGCCUUCCAGCGAGGACAACCCCCCAGAGAGGCAGGCACCGCCCUCUCAGAGCCCCCAGAGCGCCAAGAGGCGUGGCAGCUGGGCCGGCCCUGACACAAACAGCCAGGGCGGGGAUGCUGACCCCACGAGUGCCCUGGAGCCCCCCGCAAAGAGGCCUGCACUCCAGGACAUACGCUUGGCCCCCAGCCCAGGGCCCAGAGCAGAAGAGGAGCUGGGGACUCUGGCGCCUGCCCUGCUCGCGGCUCCUGAGGAUGGAGGUGCAUCGGAAGCCGGGCCAGGGGACCAAGAGGGUGUUGGGGUUGCCAGCUUCCCAGGCCAGGAGCAGCUGAGCUGUCAGGCCCAGCUUCCAGAGGCCCCUGAAGACCCCAGAGGUCUGGCAGAUGGUUCUGCAGCUGGCAACCUCUCCCAGGUGGCAUGGGAAAGGGACUGUGAGAGCGUGCGCUUCAUCGGGCGCCCGUGGCGCAUCGUGGACGGCCGCCUGAACACGCCGGUGGUCAAGGGCAUGAUGGAGGCGGUGCUGCACCACAUCAUGACCAGGCCCGGCGUGCCCGAGAGCGCCCUGCUGCAGCACUACAAGGGCGUCCUGCAGCCGCUGGCCGUGCUCGAGCUGCUCCAGGGGCUGGAGACCCUGGGCUGCAUUAAAAAGUGCGUGCUGAGAAAGCCCGUGGCCACUUCGCUCUUCUCGAAGCCGUCGGUGGGAGAGGCGCCGCUGAGCCUGGACGAGAGCCCCAUGGUGUUCUAUGAGCCCACGCUGGACUGCACCAUCCGCCUCGGCCGCGUCUUCCCCAACGAGGUGAACUGGAACAAGUGGGUCCACCUCUGAGGCCCGUGUGGUCCUGGCAAGCCUCCAGGGAAUUCUCUCCUGGGGGGCCUCUGCCCACGUGUGGGGGCGGCCUGGCAAGGUCGGGACCCAAGGAUUCCUGCAUCCCGCCCACGGGAACACUGUGUGCCCAGCCCAGCCCUGGCUGUGGUUUCUGGCCUGGAACUCUGGACGGAGGACCAGCUGGCCGCCUGCUCCCAGCCCAUCCACGGCCAGCCUUCAGGACUGUGCUGCUCCCCACCUGCUCUCCUCCUGUUUCCAAUCUCUCUGGAUCCUGGGUUGUGGUGAGAGGCCCCGGUGGGCUGGUCCUCCAAGGCUUCCGAGACGAUCCUGCCCUUCGGGAGCAGAGCCGCCUGCCCGGGCCCUGAACCUUCUCUGGAUAUCCCCCCACUGGCCAGUGAGGGGUCAGAAGCUGUGGGCCUCAGGGGUCUGCCCCAUCCACGCAGAUUCAUGUUCCAGCUUCCGGCCACCCCAUCAUGUAGGACUCUCCGUGCUCCCCAGAAAGCCCCCCUUGCUCUGAGGGACAGGGCCUCGUGGGGACAUGUCAUAGAGCGCGGGCUGGGUGACCCCCUGCCAAGGCCGCCAUCGAGACUUGUUCCUCUGGAGGCAGGACCCCUGACCGCUGAGCCUGCAAGCCACCCACAGGCCUCCUGCCACCUGGAAAUGGGGAGUCCUUACAGGUUUGGGGUUUGUCUUUUUUUUUUUCUUUUCAACCUCUUUCCUUAUUGAUAAAAAACCCUGGCAUGUAUUUAUAUGUUUUUUUUUAAUUAAAGCAAAGUAAAACGCA